UCCAGCAGGCCAAGCAACACUCUCAAACCUCGCGCGAUGAAAUCACUUUAACUUUUACGUCUCCUUUGACGCGAAUUUACCAAAUGGCCUCUCUGCAAAUCCUGAAAUCCACUUUCACUGCGAUUUCAAUUUCCCAUUCCAACUUUCCCGGAAAAUCGAGGUGGGUUUUCUCGGAAUCGGAUUCCAGGAAAAGGCUUCUGAGGUUGGGUUGUUGGAGGAGCUCCAGGUACUGUACGAGCAGAAGCUUCAGGGUCUGUUGCGAAGCUCGGGACGACGAUAACCAAAGCAAGGGUGAAGAACCUCCUGAGUCAUUAUUUAUGAAGGAAUUGAGGAGGAGAGGCAUGACUCCGACUUCAUUGCUUGAAGAAACAAAAAGGAGCAAUUAUGGACUAGAUAGUGAGAUAAACUUGAAGGAAGAAGAUAGAGGAUUUUCUAAUAGAAGUGCAGUCUCAACUGAACUUGAGAAAAGCCUAUCUAAUCAAAGGGAGCGCUCCAUGGCAUUGAACAGUGAAGGCCUUGAGGGGUUAAUUCCUCGGGCUAAACUUUUGUUGACUAUUGGGGGAACAUUCUUCUUUGGAUUUUGGCCGUUGAUCCUCAUAACUAUUGCCGUCUUUUGUGCUCUCUACUUCUAUUUUGGACCAACUUUUGUCCAUGAUGCAAGCAAGACACCUAUUUCGCCGCCCCCAUAUAUUGAUCCGUAUGCACUUCUGGAAGAUGAAAGGAUUUCACAAAUUGCCCCGCGUGUAAAUUAAAGGGCAAUGUUAUCACAUACAACAGCCUCUUAGAACUCCAAUUACAUAUUUCCUUGGCUUAAUUAAUCUCCUUACUCUUGUCUAUUCUUUCCCCGUGUAAAUCCUACAUUGGUAAAGAACUUUUCAAAUCAUUUUAUAAUGAAGUGUCUUGCACACCAUUAUCUA